AUGGAGAAGGAAAAGAUCACGGAGAAGAUUGCGGCUUUGCCGCCAGAUGCUAACUACUUCUCCCUGGAGUUCUUCCCUCCAAAAACUAGGAUGGGUUUCGCGAAUCUGUCUGCCCGUCUUGAGCGCAUGGCUCAAGCGCUUCGCCCGCUUUUCGUCACAGUCACUUGGGGUGCAGGCGGUAGCACGGCGGCCCGCUCCCUCGAGUUGGCCGAAGUAUGCCAGCGCCAGCUGCAGUUGACCACAGUCUUACAUCUGACAUGCACGAAUAUGAGCAGAGCUUUGGUCGAUAUGGCACUGGAAGAAGCCAAGGUUCUCGGCAUUCGCAAUAUCUUAGCCUUGCGAGGUGACCCCCCACGCAGCGAAGAAUACAACAUGCACGGCGAAGAUGAUAGCAACAAGGACUUCACAUUCGCCGUGGACCUGGUGCGGUACAUUCGCAAGCAGCAUGGCGACUACUUUUGUGUCGGUGUCGCUGCGUAUCCAGAGGGUCACCCUGCAGAUUCUUUCCAGGAUGUUCAGGACCCGGCUCGCGACUUGCCCUAUCUGAUCGAAAAGACAGUUGCUGGCGCAGACUUCAUCAUGACACAGCUCACAUAUGAUAUUGAGGCCUAUCAGAGGUUUGAGAGCAUGCUGCGCAACCACGAGUCGGGCGUGUUCAAGAGCAUCCCAAUCAUUCCGGGUCUAAUGCCCAUCCACAGCUACAAGAUUCUCACUCGAGUGACCAAGCUUAGCCAUGUGCACCUUCCUGAUCCGAUCGCGAAGCGCAUGGAGGAGCUGAAGCACGACGACGAUGCCGUGAAGCGUGCCGGUGUUGAUAUUGUAAGCGAGAUUGUCGGAGGGAUGCAAGAGAUGAAAUCUCCUGGCCCGCGUGGUUUCCAUUUCUACACCCUGAACUUGGAAAAGACGGUCUCUUUCAUCCUCGAACGCUGCGAUCUGAUUCCCGCCUUUACCGACGUCGAAGAUGAUUACGCUCUGGUUGAAGCCGACGGAAUCGUUGCCGGUGGUGUACCAGCUCGCCUGCGACGCCGCGCCUCAUCCGUCAACUCUCAGCCACAUAAUCGAGUCAUCGUGGACAAGUAUUCCGAGAAUGUCUCAUCGCACGACUCCGUACACGAGGCUCUUGCCAAUAGCGCAGGACAGCCAGCAAUGCUUCCUGGCAGAAGUACGACCCUGCAGAUUUCAGAGGGUCUCGGCGCGCUUGGUAGAGAGGCUACAUGGGACGACUUCCCCAAUGGUCGUUGGGGUGACGCACGCUCCCCGGCGUUUGGUGAAAUUGAUGGUUAUGGACCAUCUCUUCAUGUUUCUUCUCCAGUGGCCCGCCGAAUUUGGGGCCACCCAGUUGAGCGCUCCGAUAUCAGCACUCUUUUCCGCCGCCACGUGUCUGGCGAACUCUACAUGGUCCCGUGGUCUGAGGGUGGUGCAGACGAGGGGGCCGGCCUCAAUGCGGAGACAGAGCUCAUUCGUCCGGAGCUUCUCAAGCUCAUCGAUGGUCGCGGUUGGUGGACCCUCGCCUCACAGCCUGCUGUGAAUGGCGUUCGCAGCGACCACCCAAUCUUCGGCUGGGGUCCUCAGCGCGAGGGAUUUGUGUUCCAAAAGCCAUUCGUGGAGUUUUUCUGCUCGAACAAGGACUACACGAAGAUCCUCAAGCCUCUCUUUGAGAAGCAUGGGCACGAUAAGCUCGUUUGGUUUGCUACCAACAACACUGGCGCGUUUGAAUCAUCUCUGCCCACGCAGCCCGCGGAUGUCGAUCUGGACAAUCUAGAUUCCAACCCUGACAGUGUAAAUGCUGUGACCUGGGGCGUAUUCCGCGGCAAGGAGAUUGUCACUCCGACCAUCAUCGAAGAAGUUAGUUUCCGGGCGUGGGGAGAAGAAGCUUUCCGUAUCUGGGAUGAGUGGCGUCGCAUCUACCCACGUGGCUCCCCUACUGAACGCUUCCUGGACGAACUCAAGAAUGACACUUGGCUUGUAUGUGUCGUUGGCCAGCAAUUCGGCGCUGGUACGCCUCGCGGUAGCAAGGAAGAAGAAGACGAGGUCAAGUGGAUGUGGCGGGUGUUGGCUGGGGAGGCGCACUGA